AUGAGCGCCCGCCGGUCCGCGCGGAUCAGCAAGAUCCCUCGGAUCUCGUACCAUGAGGCACAGGCCGACACCUCAGAUCUUGCGGGCGACGCCGAGGAGGACGAGGACUAUUAUGUCGAUAGCUCCUCACUCAGCCAAAUGACUAAGAAGCGUAAGCGAACGGCUCCUGUGUCAACUCAGAAGAAACAGAAGAACACCAAGGCGGAUAUCUUCCGCUGGACAGACCUGCCUGGCGAGAUCAAGAACACGAUCUACGAGUUCGCCCUUAUUGAGCAGAAUCCUUUGUAUAUCGAAGCGGCAAAGGGCCCAAAGCGCCUGAGACACUGUGUUCGUUGUAUUCGUACCUGGUCCCGUUCUCCUUAUCGCAGGCGCCAGCUUCCAGAGCCCUUGGCUCUAGGACUUCUUCUGGUGGACCGGAAGACACAUGCAGAGGCCGCACCAAUUUUCUAUUCGGAAAGCCGCUUCUACUUUGACAGCUGGCGCGCUAUGCUCUUUUUCCUUUACACACUCGAAACUCAUACAAAGUCCUGGAUCCGGUCCAUCGAGGUGCAAAAGCUCACGUACUUCGUAGGUGAAUGGGCGUUCCCAGCCUUCGAUGCUCUCAUCGGAGUAACGAAUCUGCAGAGGUUGGAUAUUGCGUCAGCGUAUGGAGACGUGAAGGUGCUCUACAUGCACUGCUACCACUGGAUCGACGCAGUAGGAAAACGAAGAGCCGACAAGUACGCAGCGCUGCAAAUACUCCAAGGCCUUCACAAUGUUGAAGUCACGAGGCUGAGGGAAUUGAUUGCAGAAGACAUGGACUGA